AUGAGGGAAAUUGAAAGGUUCUGCCGAACCUAUUUGUGGACAGGUGACACUAAAACUUCAAAGAAAUCCCCAAUUGCUUGGGAUUCAGUGUGUAAACCCAAGGUGGCAGGUGGUCAAAAUGUGAAGAAUUUUCAUCUUUGGAAUAAGGCAGCUAUUCUGAAACUUCUGUGGGCUCUUGCCUUCAAACCUGAUGCUCUUUGGGUAAAGUGGGUUAAUGCCUAUUACAUCAAAGGUAAAAACAUGUUCACUAUGGCUUUACCUACUUCUGCUUCUUGGGUGAUUAAGAAAAUUUGGAGUUCCAUAGAGCUUCUGGAUAGGAACUCUGAAUGUAAGAAAGUGUUCUUUGCAAUUGGUAGCUUCUCAAUUAGGAAAUUGUAUGCAGCUUUGAUUGGUCAAUUUCCUAAAGUCACUUGGAGAAGGCUGGUGUGUAAUAAUUUGGCUAGCCGAAAAAGUUUGUUCAUCUUGUGGCUUGCUGUUCAGGGUAGGCUACCUACCAAGGAUAGACUGCAACAUUGGGGCAUUUCCACUGAUGGAAUGUGCACUCUGUGUGGGCAAGUGUGGCAGCAAGUGUUACAGUUACUUAAGAUUCAGAGACCUAGCCUUGGUUUUGAACAGGAGAUUCAGUUUGCAGUUAGAAUGCGUAAGAGGUCUACUGGAAUCAAUAAGGUGUUCGCUGUUGUGUUUGCUGAAGUUGUGUAUGGUUUGUGGAUUCAAAGGAACCAGAGAGUUUUUGCUGGUCACAUUCAAACUCCUGACCAGAUAGUGAGAGCAGCUAUUUUUGGGAUAGCUUGUAGGUGUAGACAGUCUGAUAUUCAUCUGUUGAUGUUUUGA